GGGCGGGUGGUCGCAGCGGGUGUUGUUGGAGGGGAGGGUAAAAGCGAGGAGCGUGCGGAGGCUUUUCAUCCUGCCCUGUCGUCGUAGGUAACCUGUGGCUUUUCGGCAGUGUUGGAGCGCUGCACUUGGCAACUUGCAAACUCCAAGCAUUAAAUUUCAUACGUACCUAUCAGAUUUCAACGCAGAGCAAGAUUUUGGGGUUUGCUUUCUCCUUCUGUCUACUAUUCAUCUCCAACCAGCAAACCUUUACAAGACGGCAACUCCAAACUAACAUGGCAGUCAGACUGUGUGAUGUGGCUUCUCUGCUUAGAAGUGGUUCGUGGGCAGCAGAGCCUUGGACUGGGGUCUGUGGGAUUUUUAUUAAAUUAUCAGGUAAUCGCUGCCAUGGAAACACAGCUGUCUAAUGGACCAACUUGCAAUAACACAGCCCAUGGUUCAACCACCAUAAACAAUUGCUCAUCACCAGUUGAUUCUGGACACACAGAAGACAGCAAGACCAAUUUAAUAGUCAACUACCUUCCACAGAACAUGACGCAAGAGGAGCUGAAGAGUCUGUUUGGCAGCAUUGGUGAGAUCGAGUCCUGCAAGCUUGUCAGGGACAAAAUAACAGGACAGAGCUUGGGUUAUGGUUUUGUGAACUACGUUGAUCCCAAGGAUGCCGAAAAAGCUAUCAACACUCUGAAUGGAUUGAGACUUCAAACUAAAACAAUAAAAGUUUCCUAUGCGCGACCAAGUUCAGCUUCUAUCAGAGAUGCAAAUUUGUAUGUCAGUGGACUUCCCAAAACAAUGACCCAGAAGGAACUGGAGCAGCUCUUUUCCCAAUACGGACGCAUUAUUACUUCACGUAUUCUAGUUGACCAAGUCACUGGGGUGUCAAGGGGUGUCGGAUUUAUCCGUUUUGACAAGCGAAUUGAAGCAGAAGAAGCUAUCAAAGGCUUGAAUGGCCAGAAACCUCCAGGUGCCACCGAGCCCAUCACUGUAAAGUUUGCUAACAAUCCAAGCCAAAAAAAUAACCAGGCCAUCCUUUCUCAGCUGUACCAUUCUCCAAACAGAAGGUAUCCGGCACCUCUAGCUCAGCAGGCUCAACGUUUUCGAACCAAAUCAGCUUGCAGUUUAAGAGAAUGCAUCAAGCUUCAGAAGCUCUGCUUUGGCCACCCUUCUUUUAGGCUGGACAAUCUGCUCAACAUGGCUUAUGGUGUAAAGAGUAGGUUUCCUCCCAUGACUAUUGAUGGAAUGACCAGUUUGGCUGGAAUUAAUAUCCCUGGACACGCAGGAACUGGAUGGUGCAUUUUUGUGUACAAUUUGGCCCCUGAUGCUGAUGAGAGUAUCCUCUGGCAAAUGUUUGGACCCUUUGGAGCAGUAACCAAUGUGAAGGUCAUUCGUGACUUUAACACAAACAAGUGCAAAGGGUUUGGAUUUGUGACUAUGACAAACUAUGAUGAGGCAGCUAUGGCAAUAGCCAGCCUGAAUGGAUACCGCCUUGGGGACAGAGUAUUGCAGGUCUCCUUUAAAACAAACAAAACGCACAAAGCCUAACAAGUUAUUCUCAGUGCAUUAAUAUACGAAAUCUAUACAACAAAGGCAAUUUACAAGAAGCUUUAUGCAUUAGUAAAUGCCUUUGUUGUAUGCCAGUGUGGAAAUGGGGAUAAAAUGACUACUUAGCAUCCUAAGAAUAUGUGAGAUUUUUUAUUGCUAAUAUUUGAAUUAGAACUUCUUAAAUACCUUUUGUGUUUGAAUAUUGACAAGAGGUACAGGGUUUUUACCUGUCACAAUGCAUUCUAUUGCCUUCUUUGAAGAAGGUGGACCUUUUAAAACGUUUCAGCUAAGGGAAGAAGUUUUUUCUUUACAUGACUGCCUUUAACCUAUGAGUAAAUAUUGAGGCUUUGUGUUAUACUACUUAAGUUUCUUUUUAUAAUUUCUUGAUCUGCCUUGUGUUUAGUUUACAUUUUAAUGCAUUGCUGUUCUGUUGUUCAAGAAAAGUAUUUGAAGUUUACACUUUAUUUAUAAAGUUAUAAGCAGUAUUUAUUUUAUAAUUAUCAUUUGGGUUGGGGAAGGGGAACACGUUAUAAAAGCUUAUUGUAAGAAUACUGGAGAACUUUUCGUAAAGCAGUACCUUGCCAAAGAGAUAAGAGCCUCUUUGAUGUGGGUUUAAAAAAAAAAGCAUCUAUUUUUAUAAAAAAAAAAUAAAAAAAAAUUUGGAGAAACUUUUUACUGGUCCUGGAACAAAUAUUUUGACUUGAAUACUUUGAGAAAUCUCUUCAUAAGACACCUAGUGAGCUUUUAAAACUUACCAGGAAAUUUGCAGUUGUUGGGGAAAAAUUUAGAAAGAUUUAUGAUGUAGAAAUACUUUUGAGACCUUUCUAUUAAGAAGUAGAGUUGAUGGGAUGCACUGUUGAUUUCAUUUUUGUAAUCAUCGGUGGAGUCUUUGAUCAUCCUGGUUAUUAAGUGAUAGAUGGCUCACAUUAAUUUGUGAUUUUGAAACAAAAGAAAAUUUAAAAAAGCUAUAUAAGAGCAAGCAGGAAACUUAAAAAUACUGAGACGGGGGAAAAAAAAUCUGUUCUUCCUAAAGAAUUCCCUUCAGAUAGAGCUCAUGGUGUUUAGUGAUGUACUUGCUAUUGUUUGAAGAAUUGUUUUGUCUUAAGAAAAAGACAUUGUGCAUGGUUUGCACAGCAGAAGUGGCCUGAGUUGGGUAUAUUUGGAGGUAUUUUGAAAGUUAUGUUCAAGGCUAACACCUGAGCUUUGUGUAAUGUAAAUAAGACCUUGAAUUAUGAACCUUUCAGCUGAUUUUGGUUUUAGUUUAUUUUUUAACUUACAUGCCAAGUGAUGGUCAACUUUGAAUGUUUUUGUAUGAGUUUUUUCUUUGUAAAUGGCAUUAACAUUGUUACUUGAGGUCUGCUUAUUCAUUUUUGUUGUCCUGAGGACUUGAAUUUACAGUGCAUCAGAUCUGUUGCUAUUUUUGUCUGUAGAUAGUCUAGCUUCAGCUGUUUAUGGUGAUGCUAUAUUUUGGUUUAUAAAUAUGUUUGUGGUAAAAACAAGUAUAAUCAUAGGUUUUGGACAAAUUUCCUUACAUUUUUCAUACAAAACCCAUGAAUACCUGUAUGCUACUGAAAUUUAACUUCGUAUAAUGCUUAAAUCACUAUUUGGGGACAUAGAAAAGUCUUUACCAUGUAUUGAAGAAAUUUAAGAAAAAUACAGAAUAUUUUCUGAUUAGCAUCUAGCUUAUAAUUGAAUUUUUGGAAAAAAAGCUGAGGGUUUUCAUGCCUUCACCAGGAUGCACUGACAACUAUAUAGUUACGUCCUGCUUUUUGUAUAAACUGAGAUGCUCAUAUGCUUCCCCUUAGAAAAAGCAAUGUUCUAUGCAUAAACAUAGUUGUACACUAUCUUUGCAGUUGCUUUUGGUUCUUAUUCCUUUAAAUUGUAGUUAUAAAAUUUUCAGUAUAGUACAGUUACAUAUACUGUGAAGCGCGUGCUAAAGUGAAUAAGCGAGUUUUCAUGCUGACCCACUCAAUGCUAUUCAAAAAUCAAUUGGCUUCCUGAGCACUUCCUCAUUCUUAGGUGCAUUUAGAUUGUUAAAGCUCCUCUGCAUUAAAAAUUGUAUAUACUAUAGAAAACACAAACUUUCCAGUGUGGGGGAAAACAGCUACAUGCUUCUUUCCUUAUACUACUGUAGCAAACAACGGCAUUGAUGAGAAGGCAUGUAAAUUGGGCUUCACUUUACAGUGUUUAUCAGAGCACUUAGUAAAAUGUAAGGUUGGUAUUUAUUUGAAGUUGUAUAGUAUGACUUAAUUCACAUCUGUUGGAAUAGAAAAAUAUAUUCUGUUGAGUAUUUAAGAGGUUGUACAUGUUUUAUUUUGUGUUUGGAUCCUUUGUACUUUUUCAUGUUCAGUACAUCAAUAAACAAAGUUGAAGGGA